AUGUUUACUAAUGACAUUUUUGAACAUUUGGUGUCCGAGUCAAACAAAUAUGCCAUGUUAUCCAAUAACAAAGAUCCUAAUAUCACAGUUGAAGAAUUAAAAUGCUUUAUUUCCAUUCUCAUUAUAAGUGGUUAUAAUUCACUCCCGGGUAAGCGAUAUUAUUGGGAAGAUGGAAAAGAUAUGAAAAAUGAAAUGGUGAGUAAUGCAAUGCGCCAUGAUCGGUUUCUUCAAAUUUCGCGGUUUUUACAUUGUGCGGAUAAUAUGAAUAUAAAUACUUCAGAUAAAAUGUUCAAACUUAGACCUUUAAUUGAAAAACUAAAAGUGAACUUUCUAAAAAACUUUCAGCCUUAUCAAUAUUUAUCGUAUGAUGAAUCUAUGAUUAAAUAUUACGGUAGACAUGGUUGUAAACAAUUUUUAAGGGGUAAGCCUAUUCGUUUCGGGUAUAAAGCAUGGUGUCUUACAACAGAUUUUGGAUAUCUUCUAAACUUUGAUAUAUAUCAAGGCAAAUCUCCGAAUUCAAACACAGUUUACGAAGAUGAAUAUCGUAAAGCUGCUACUCCAUUGAUGAUUAUGCUUGAUGAUUUACCAGAAGAAAAAAAAAAUUUAUCAUAUUCUAUUUAUUUCGAUAACUUAUUCACCGGAUUUAAUCUCUUAGUUGACUUACGUGGCAAUAAAUAA